AUGAUUGAAACAUUCGCAAAUUUCAAUUUCUGUUGGCUGGCCACGCAAUCAGGUCGGGCUUGUCUCCUGCGGAGCUGCGGCCAUGGGAGGUGGCUUCCUCGCACCUCUGAUGGUUGGCCGCAGUCCAGUCGUCUUCUUGGAAGAGACUCUCUUCUGGAUGCUGAUCGCUGCAUGGUGAUCAUGCCUGCUUCACCGCUUCAAUUGUUUGCAGUCGUAGCUCUUUCUUCUACUCGUUUUCUCGCCAUGCGCGCAUUCCAUCUCGAAGCGGUGGGCAGCAUUCUGUGGUUCGUGUUGGGCGAGUUCAGAAAGUACAGUGUUGCUAGUAACGUGAGGCAGGGGGCUCGCUUCUUAUGGCUGUUGAGAGUCUAG